AUGUCCUUAAACGAAACAGGGACGAUCACAAUAUGCACAGGAAUCGGCGUUCUCCUUCUUGGAACAUUUUUGUUAUUUGACAAAGCCCUUGUUAUUGCUGGAAACCUUCUAGUGAUUGCGGGAUUUGCACAGAUUCUUAGAUCAAGCACAUUUUCUCUACUAAAGUUUGAAAAACUACAAGGAACUGCAUUCUUUGUUUUAGGAGUUGCACUGCUAGUUCUAAAAUAUACACUAUUUGGCGUGCUAUUAGAAGCGGUUGGCCUCUUUAUGAUCUUUAAAAGCUCCUUGCCCAGUUUUAGUAACGUUUUCUAUUCAUUUCUAAUUAGAAGACCGGGAUCGUCGAGCAAAUAA